AUGUUCCAAGAAACCAAAGUCAGACCCGGGAUAGACUUGGGCGUUGCAAGGGGGUAUAGUGCACGAGCUGAUGGGGCGGGCGACGCCGAUAACAAAGGAAAAGUGGUUGGUUUACCACAAGCUCUACGACAGUUGGCAAGGUGUUCAGAGAGGAGCAGGCUCAUUGUCGGCGUCCUUGCGAUACAGGAAUCGAAAAAAAAGCGACAAGAGAAUCUCAAGAAGGGAGACCCAAGGAGAGCAGCACAGCACGGGCGAACUGUACGGAGUACACAGCACAGUAAUAGGGUUCAAAGGUUGGAGUUGCGAUAG